GUGUGUGUGUCUGUGAGCGUGUUGUGUCUGUGUCUCUGUGUGUGUGUCGCUGCUGACUCGAUGGCAGAUCAGCCCGAGCUGCCAGGCAGGGAGAUGGCUCUGAGGGGGAGCCAGCAGGAAGUGGUCGUGGCAGACAAGCAUGCAGUCAGUGGGAAUCCCACUGUGGAGCCCUUUCCAGAAGGCAUGGAGACCAUCAUGUUUGGUAUGGGCUGUUUCUGGGGCGCAGAGAAACUUUUCUGGCGACUUCCAGGCGUCUUCUCCACACAAGUGGGCUACGCCGGCGGUUUCACACCCAACCCCGACUACCACGAGGUUUGCUCAGGUCUAACGGCUCACACUGAGGUGGUGAGGGUGGUCUUCUCCCCUGAAGACAUCGGCCUUGAGGAGCUGCUUAAACGCUUUUGGGAGAACCACAAUCCUACACAAGGUAUGAGGCAGCAGGGGGACCACGGUUCUCAGUAUCGUUCAGCUAUUUACACAUCCAGCCCCACUCAACUGGAGCUGGCAUUGAAGAGCAGAGUGGUCUUCCAGCAGGAGUUGGAUAAAAAAGGCUUCGGCCCCAUCACGACAGAGAUCCGGGAGGGGCAGAAGUUUUACUACGCUGAGGACUAUCACCAGCAGUACCUGAAGAAAGUACCGAAAGGUUUCUGUGGCCUCAAAGGCACCGGAGUCUCGUGUCCCAUCGGAGCCACAGAGGAUGAAGUGUGA